AUGUCGACAGGCAACUCUGGCCAGCAGAUCGAGGUGUAUCUCGCCCCAAUCUUCAUGGCAGCCUCCGUGUACAUGUGCUUUGGCCGGGUGGUAUCGUCCCUGGAUGCGAACAAUCUCGCCCUGAUUUCCGGCAGGUGGUUAACUGCGGUUUUCGUUGUCGGCGACGUGCUCUGCUUUGCGUCGCAAUGUGCCGGAAUCGUGCUACAGUACAUGAGUGACAGUCUGCACACAACCGGCAAGGUCAUAGCUAUCAUUAGUUUCGUUUUGCAGCUCCUGCUGUUCAGCUUCUUCCUGGCCAACGCUAUCGUCGUCCAUCGGAGACUGGUAAUUUCUGGAUACCCCAGAGUCCACAAUGCCAGGAUACAGUGGCCGGCGUACUUCAAAGCCAACUACGUUGUGGUUUUCCUGUUCUUUGUCAGAAUCAUCUUCCGUGUUGUCGAGUACGCACAAGGACUGGGCUAUAUCUUUUUCCAUACCGUCUACACUUACUGUCUCGACGCAGCACCGAUGUUUCUGGCCACAUUAGUGCUGACACUCAUCUACCCUCCACUGGCGUUUGUCCGCAAGGACAAACAAACCACAGAACCGGUUCACGUCGAGAUGCAAAGCGAGUUUCGUAACGACCUAUAG